AUGUUUCGACUGUGCGUGUGCAUGCUGAUCUUAGUCCUGGCUCUGGCUACCUUCUCUGAAGCUUCUUGGAAGCCCCACUCCCAUCUACAGGAUGCAUCCUCUGGACCAGGGGCCAACAGGGGCCUGGAACUACAUCAGCUGGCCCAGCUGGACCCAGCCUCUCACCAUCGAAGGCAGCUGGGGCCCCAGGGUCCUCAACACUUCAUAACAGACCUGUCCAAGAAGCAGAUGCCAAGGAUGGAGGAAGAAGAAGAGGCGUAUGGAUGGAUGGACUUUGGCCGCCGCAGUGCUGAGGAAGGGGACCAGCGUAACUAGCGACAAUCUUCCAGAGCCCA